AUGCACCUCCAAGCCUCACUUGGCGACGUGGACUUCAUCACCGGCGACUAUCUGGCCGAAGUCAACAUUGCAGAAAAUGCUCAGGCGCAUGCAGAAGGCAAGCAUCCUGGCUGGGAGCAGACGGCUUGGAAUGGUAUCGAGCAGACUAUCGAUCUUUUAAAUGAGAAACGCAUCAAAGUUGUGAUUAAUGGUGGGGCACAUAAUCCGAGGGGGUUGGCGGAGAAGGUGCAGGAGCUGGUAAAGAGCAAAGGAUACGACCUCAAAGUCGCGUUUGUGCUCGGCGACAACUUGAUCGAGGAGAUGAAAGACAUUCGCGAAAGAGGUCUACCACCGCAUCUUGACUCGGACAACAAUGAAGUCACAAUCGCAGAUCACGGCCUUGAUCUGCUCGAGAAAACCGACAAGCCUAUUGUUAGCGCCAAUGCGUAUUUGGGAGCUCGAGAAAUCGUCAGGGGGCUUGAAGAAGGCGCGGACAUUAUCAUUGCUGGCAGAGUUGCCGACGCCAGCCCGGUCAUCGGUACAGCAUGGCACUGGCACUCAUGGAAAGACACUGACUACGACGAACUAGCCCAAGCUCUAAUUGCGGGACAUUUGAUCGAAUGCAGUGGGUACGUGACAGGCUCUAACUUUGCUGGUUUCUACGAGUACCCACUAGAUGAUCUUUAUGACAUAUCAUUCGGCAUUGCUGAAGUUGAAAGGGACGGAGUAUGCGUGGUUACGAAACAUGACGGUAAGAAUGGUUUUGUGACUGAAGAUACGGUCAAGUGCCAGUUCUUGUACGAGUUGCAGGGAAACAUAUAUCUCAAUAGCGAUGUUAAGGCAAUAUUGGAUAACGCGCAAGUAAAGGAAGUGUCAAAGAAUCGUAUCCGCAUAUGGGGUAUCAAAGGCGCUCCACCACCCCCAACAACCAAACUCGCCAUCUUCUACCGCGCAGGCUACCAAUCCGAAAUCGUCGUCAACGCCACUGGCUACGGCACAUCGGAGAAGUUCGAGCUCUGGGAGCGCAUGAUCAGAUUCGGACUGAAGCGUCUCGGUCUCCUUGAAAAAUUUGACAUCCUCGAAUUUCAGCGCAUCGGCGUGCCUGAAGCAAACCCUAGGAGUCAGCUACGGAGUACCACAUACUGUAGAAUCUUCGCAGAAGCCAGCGAUCCGAAUGUCAAUCUAGGAUUAGCGAGUCUACUCGGCGAAUUCGCAAUGCAGCAUUACUCCGGCUUCCACAAUCUGGCGGCUUUUGGACCAACUACACGCGCACGACUGGGCGACGUCGUCCUCGCCCGAUCCGGUGACAAAGGCGGAAACGCGAAUAUCGGCUUCUUCGUCCCCACCUCUUUGCCAUCGUCCUACCCAGAAACCUCUCCACUCUAUGCGGAAUGCUGGGACUGGCUCCGCACCUACAUCACCAAGCCCAAACUUCAAGAGAUGUUUGGAGAAAGCUGGGAUGACAAGUUCUUCGUUGAGCGAGUCGAGUUUCCGCAUAUCAUGGCCGUGCAUUUCGUUGUGUAUGGCGUGCUGGGUCGCGGCGUGAGUGGGAGCAGUAGGCUGGACUCGUUUGCGAAGGGUAUGGGGGAUUGGUUGAGGGAUGUGGAGGUUGAUGUGCCUGUUAGAUUUAUUGAGGGUAGACAGCGUAAAGCGCAAAGCGGACGAUACGCGAAGAGUGCAGAUGGACAUAAGCUAUGA